CGUAAGUUGCAUGUCUGUCCAUGAUCAGGUCUUGCACAGCUCAUUGAAGAACUCCAGGUUGAAGUAGUAACGGCGAUUCGCCGUGUAGUGCGGGCCGUCAUACGCACCAGCCGGCAGACCAACACCAACACCACCACCAGCACCAGCAGGAGGGCCAAAAUUGUGGGGGGCGGUGGCGGGGUCGCCCUGGCUGUUGCUGCUGGUGUUGCCGUCGGCUGCUGCUGCUGCUGUUGGGGCAGUUGAGGUGUCGGGAUUGGCGCCGCGGGGCUCCUGUGUGGUUUGUGUGGGGGCGGUGGGUGGGCCGUCGAUGGGGACAUCAUAGACGAUGAACCUGAGAGGAGCAUGAGCAGCAGAGAGAGAGAGAGAGAGGGGUGCGUGCAUGUUUCUGUCGAUCGACGACAGUGUCUGUCUCGAGUCAUCGCCCACCUGACGGGCUGCUGCCCCCAGAAGCGUUUGAGUUCGAUGUUGCCCACGCCGGGCACCUUCACCGUCCGCCACCGAAUCAGGUCGCAGUACAUGCUGACAUGCACACACACACGGUGAUGCACAACAAUUCCCAUCCGCUGCCCCCUCUCCCAUCCCGUCCCGACUCACACACCUGUAGAAUGAGAAGGUGUACACGUGUUUGGUGUCGAAGAAGAUCCGCGGGUCGCGACCCUCCUCCUCGCCCUCACCAUCCCCAGCACCAUCCCUCCGUCCGUGGUGGGCCACCACGGGACGCCUCAGGUCCACAUUGACACCAGCACCAGCACCAUUGUCGUCGGCGUCUUGCUGCUCCUCGGCAUACGAGUAGUGGUGGGGUGAGGGCGGCAGCGAGUGGAUGUUGUUGUGAUGGUGGUGGUGAUGGUGGGGCUUCCUGUGCGCGAAGGGGUUGUGCCGCCGCCCCCGGGGCAGGAACCGCUCGCGGCGAGCGAUGCGCGCCUCGUCACUCUCAGGGAUGUCCUGAAGACACCCACCACACGAACACAGCAAACACACGAAAUGACAGAUGGGGAGGGGAGGUGGCCAAAAUGGGGAGGUGUCGGAUACCGACCUGUCCGAGUGUGGGCGGGGGUUGGUCGAGCGGCGUGGCGGCCAUCCUGUCGGCGUAGAAGGCCAGUGGGUAGACGAUGUGCGGGCACUCGAGGUCACACACGCCGUCUUGCGAUGCCGGGCUCUCGUUGCCGAACGACCAGUGGAACAGACGACCAACGGGAAACGUCUUGACGAAGGCCAAAAUCAGACGACUCAAACCUGACACAAACAAAGUCGGGCACUUCACUCAGGUGUGUCGGCCUGGUGUGGUGUAGAGUGCGUGCGCACCAGCCAUGAGGAAGUCGAGGCUCAUUUUCUUGUCGAUUUCUCCGCCGAAGUAGACGAUGCCCCUGGGCUGCUGCUUGAACCGGCCCUGCAGCUGGAUCUCGAACAUGCGCUGCCGGCCCCUGAAGUGGUACGCCCAGUAAGGGUCCAAUGGGUCUGUCCGCACCAGCAGCAGAAAGCGACCCUGUGCACAGAGAGAGAGAGAGAGAGGCAAUCCAUCGGAUGGGAAGGUCUGUAUUGGGUGUGUGGCGGACUCACGGACCUUGAACCACUCAUUCUCGAACUCGAUGGGCACUCUGGCGUUGACGGGGCAAUCGACCGGCCCCCCCGCCACAGCGAAGUUCCUCAUCCUAAUGUGAGGCAGCGACGGCGGCGCACUCAUUGCCACCUUCCUAGUCACGGUGGAGGCCUCGCCCCCCUCCGCCACUGUGUGUGUCCGGCCGUGUGUGGGCGACUUGUCGGCCUCCUUGUCGUCGCCCUGCGACUCGCCCGACGAGCAAGACACCGCCACCGAGUUGUUGUCGGCCGUCGUGGGCGAGCUGCCGCCGGUGUCCUUGCUGUUGACCGAGACCGACAGACUCGCCGCCCUCUCGCCCUCUAAAGCUGAAAUGAGACUCGACGGGGACCCACCGCUGUCGCCGCUCUCGUAUUGGCUCAGCGGGCGGCCGGGGGAGUGGGGUGCGCUGUUGUUGAUGUUGGCAGUGACGGACGGGGUGGGCAGAUGGACCUGCAGAUGGGGGCGGGAGGAGGUCGUGAACGGGCUCUCUGAGUCGCUGCUGAACUCACGAGCUGCAUCCACACGCACACACAAGGUGGACCAGCACGUCCAUUUGGGAUCCGUUCCCUCCACUCCCCUGUAGGUACCCGGCGGCGAGUAGUCUCCCUUGAUGGGUCGUGGUGAGGGUGACAUACACGUGCGACUGGGAGGGGAAAAUGCAUCGCCGGUCGAUCUCCUGAUGCCCGACGCGGUGACAGGUGCGUGAGGUCGGCAGGGACGCCGCGCGCGUGGCGAUGGCGAACCGAGCGACAUCGGUGAGGACGAUUCUAAUGCCAUUGUCGCGCAGGGGGAAGCGCAGGGAGAGGGAAAAACGCGAGCAGG